AUGAUUGAGAGUUAAAAAACUUUGCAUCAGAAACUAUCUAUAUUAGAAUAUCCAUAGAAUGAGUUUUUUGAGAUAUUAGAUUAAAAAGUGAGAGUGACAAAAAAAAGUUUCACUUGUUAGAUGGUAUCUGGAAUAUCUGAUGACAUACCUAAACACUUAUAGAAGUUCUAUAAGAAAAGACAUUUCUUAUUUAAAAAGUUUAAUGAGGGUAUACUUUUAGACGAAGAAUCUUGGUACUCUGUAAUACCUGAGGUUUGAGUUGACUAUCAUUUUAAGGUGAUGAGUUCCUACAUUGCGAAUAAACUAAAAAUAAGUUCUCCAGAAUCAGAUGUAGUAGACGGCUUCUGUGGGUCAGGAGGACUAGCCAUCCAAUUAGCCUAAUUAUUUAAGACAGUUAUUUGCAUAGACAUUGAUCCUAUGUAUAUUAAUUGCACUAUUCAUACAGAAAGAUAAACAAUAUCACGAAAAACUUACAAGUGUAUCAAUCUAUUGCCAGAGUAAUUUAAAUGAACUUUCUUGAGUAUUGUCAUAAUAACUAAGACUUUAUCCUUGUUAUGUGUCCACCCUGGUAUUAAUUGUUCUAUAUCUCUAGGGGAGGACUCAAUUACUUGCAUAAACCAUAUGAUUUAAACAACAUGAAGCCAUCUUUAUAAGAGUUACUAACCAAAGGUUUGCAAAUGACCGAUAAAAUUGUACUGUAGUUGCCAAAAAAUAUUGAUCUUUUACAAUUAGUUAAUAUAUUUAACAAUGUAACAGAUAAACUUAGACUAAAACUCAAGCCCUUAGAAAUUGAAAUGAUGUUCAUAAAUGAGUAAAUAAAUUAAUUAAUUAUUUACUAUGGGUUAUGAG